AUGAUAAGUAAAUAGGAGAAUAUACCUUGUAAAAGGAUUAUGACCAAUUAAAAACACAUUCAUCUCAACUUAUAAGGUAGUCUUUUAAAAAUAUUGAAUGAUAUUAAAUCAAAUAGAUCAUAUCUAAGAAGAUUGAGAAUAGAUCCUAGUAAGAGAAGAGAAUGGACAGUAGCAGAAACUAUUCCUUAUUUGAUCGAAGGAAUACUGGAUAAGUUCCAAAAUUUAAAGAUUAUCAGAAUAAAUAUUUGA